CCCCACCCCCGGGGGAACCGAGAACCGGGCCUGCCCCCCGCCGCCACCGUCCAAGAAGCCAGGCCUACCAGAGAGCCUGAAACUCUUCAAAAGCUACCCUGCCCCCCGUGCCCGAGUCCCGGGCACCACCACCUCCGCCGCCGCCUCCUUAGUAUUCCUAACAACCAGGCCGACCAGGGAGCAUGAACCCCCACAAAGCCCCACACCCUGGGGAACCGAGGCCUCGGCCCGCCCACCGCCGCCACCGUCCAAGAAGCCAGGCCUACCAGAGAGCCUGAAACUCUUCAAAAGCUACCCUGCCCCCCGUGCCCGAGUCCCGGGCACCACCACCUCCGCCGCCGCCUCCUUAGUAUUCCUAACAACCAGGCCGACCAGGGAGCAUGAACCCCCACAAAGCCCCACACCCUGGGGAACCGAGAAACGGGCCUGCCCACCGCCGCCACCGUCCAAGAAGCCAGGCCUACCAGAGAGCCUGAAACUCCUCAAAAGCUACCCUGUCCCCCGUGCCCGAGUCCCGGGCACCACCACCUCCGCGGCCUCCUCCUUAGUAUUCCUAACAACCAGGCGGACCAGGGAGCAUGAACCCCCACAAAGCCCCACCCCCCGAGGAACCGAGAACCGGGCCUGCCCACCGCCGGCGCCGCCUCAGUCCAAACCGUCAGGUCGAUCAGGGAGACUGAACCCCAACCAAAGCCCCACCCCGGGGACCCGAGACCCGGACCAGCCCACCAGCGCCCCCGCUGCCUUCCAAGCAGCCAGUUCUACCAGGGAGCCUGAAUCACAACAAAAGCACCACCCUCCCCGGGGACUAGAGACACGUGCCGCCCACCGUCCAUCAAACACCGCCCACCGCCGCAGUUGUCCAAGCAUCCAGGCCAACCAGGUAGCCUUCACCGAAACAAAAGCCCCGCCCCCGGGAUCCGAGACCCGUGCCCGCCCACCGCCGUCGCCGCCGCCGCCGUCAUGGUCCAAGCAGCCAGGCUGA